AAUGGGCAACAAUUUCUUUCUCUGUUCCUUUUAUUUCUUUUGUUUAAACCUUAUGUUUUCAAGUACCUUCUUAUGUGAAUCUCAACUUCAAGAAGACGACGAUCCGUGUUCUAUUUUGAUACCAAAAGGAUACGAAAAAUACAGAGCUCCUUCUAACAAAGGUCAGCCCAUAAAUGUUUAUAUUCAGCUCGACAUUCUUGACAUCGAUGAAGUCAAUGAAGAAACAAUGGAUUUUCGGCUACACGCUUAUGUAAGUUCAGCAUGGAAUGACUCCAGACUUGACCAGGUGGAAAAUAAGCAGGUUUAUCAUCAAUGUUUGAACAGCAUUUGGACACCAGAUCUUAUAUUUGAAGCUGCAAAGCAAACAAAUUUGCUAAGCGCUGGCAAAAGUUACUUUCGAAUUGAAGCCGAUGGCUCCUUGUAUCUGAGCCACAGAUAUUCUUUUCGAGUUACAUGUUUAAUGCACUUUGGAGCUUAUCCAUUUGACAUUCAGACUUGUUUAUUCACUGUGACUUUCAUGGGUACAUCAGAUGAAGAAGCAGUCUUGAAGUGGUAUCAAGACGAAAAUUCUGCUUACUCCUCGAACCGAAGCUCUAUUGUUUUCGUGAAGCAUAUUGAGCCACUGCAAUUCAGUCUAGGAAAAACUGUCACUUACUCAGUUAUACUAAAAGAAUAUGUUGAAAACUUUACUUGUUUGAUGCUUAAACUCCCUUUCGUGCGCCAUAUCACUGGCAGCAUAAUCAAUUGUUAUAUUCCUUCAACCUUGAUAGUUAUCGUGAGUUGCGUGACUUUCUGGCUGAGACCAGAGGCUGCACCAGCACGAGUGACCCUUAGCAUCACUUGCCUUCUCACGUUGUGCACUCAGAUUCAGCAAUAUAAAUCUCACCUCCCUCCAAUAAGCUACGUGACGGCUUUGGAUAUCUGGUUCUUUGCAUGCAUUAUUACUGUAUUCUCAACUCUGAUAGUUUUCGCUGCUUCAUACGAAGCAUACUAUGCUAGAGAAAAGGAAAAAUCAGUGAAAUCUUUUCCAGCUGUUAUUUGUUCUGUUCGUGGAAAACACAAUUCCUUGAGUAGGAAUAAUAAAGUGGAUAGGACUGAACUGAAUGAGACUAAGAAAGAAGUGAAGUACCUCUCGGUCUCAAGAUAUUGCGAUUCAUAUUCAAUUGAUAAAGCUUGCAGAAAACUGUUUCCUUUUUCUUUCACUGUGUUUGCUAUUUGUUAUUGGGUCUAUUAUCUCAGCAGUUUUUAUUAUCAUUAAUCACCUAAUCGAUGUACUUAAAGUAUCAUUAACCAAAGAACUCAAAUCAAACCAAGUGUUUCCAUAUUUGCUGUAAUGAGUUAACACUGUCACAAUUGUGAAUAUGCCAUAUCAUAGUCAUUUUCUGAAUUUCUAAUUCAUACGUACCUAACAGGGUUAAACAAUUGCCGAAUUUUUUGUAUUACUACAUAUAAUAUCCAGGCCAAUUGUUUUCUUAUUUGAUGUUACAGGAAUUUACACUGCUACAACUGAGAAUGUAUACUGCCAUAAUCUAAUCAUUUGCUAAAUUUCUAAUUCACGCAGAGCUAAGAAGA